CAUUUAGGUGAUUUUGGGGUGGUUACCAGGAGGUACCCUUUAGAAUUUCCUGUCUCUUUCUGGGGCUCUUUCAUACAAUUAACAUGUUAAUAGGGUAGUGAAUUAAAAAUACAAUACUGGGGAGUUCUGGAAUGCAAAUGUGAGCAGCAACUUACAUUCCUGCAAAUUCUUCGUGUUGUGCCUAGCUUUAUCUGAUACUCUGUGGGUGCUCUCGCUCUUUCUCUCUCUACAGCCUGUGGGGAGGGGAGAACAGUGUAAUUGUAACAAAUACUUGAGGUGGCUUCUGUCAGAAAGAUCUGUCAUGGCUCUUUAAAGCUCAUGGGAACAGAUCAGCUUCAGUUGUAUAUAAGCAGGAGAAAGGGGCAUUCUGGUAUUAUGAGUCUUGACCUGCUCCUUGCCGUUUUCUGGUAUCUGGGACUAAGUAUUGCACCAGCUAUGUAAUACUGGAAGUCAAAGAAUUCUGUGAUGCAGCAUAAUACAGGGUAUGGAUGGCAUUUGUAAAUGGCUCGUUGGCAUCAAGAGACGGAUUCAUUUUCCAGCCUGUAGAGAGGUCCCAGCAGAGAGAUCUCCUCGCAGACGGAGCAUCUCCGGGACCAGCACUUCUGAGAAAACCAACUCCAUGGAUGCUUCGAAUACUUCUCCUUUCAAAGUGCCAGGCUUCUUCAGUAAACGUCUGAAAGGGUCCAUCAAGAGGACAAAGAGUCAGUCAAAGCUGGACAGGAACACUAGUUUUCGUCUCCCAUCUCUCCGCAAUGCUGAUGACAGGUCACGUGGAUUGCCAAAGCUGAAAGAGUCCCGUUCCCAUGAGUCUUUACUGAGCCCAGGCAGCGCUGUGGAGGCCCUGGAUCUUGGGUCAGAAGAAAAAGUCUUUGUCAAACCACUUCACAGCAGUAUCCUUGGACAAGACUUCUGCUUUGAGGUAACCUACUCCAGUGGCAGUAAAUGCUUCAGUUGUUCCUCUGCAGCAGAGAGGGACAAGUGGAUGGAAAACCUACGCAGAACAGUGCAGCCAAAUAAGGACAACUGCCGUCGAGCUGAAAAUGUCCUCCGUCUCUGGAUCAUUGAGGCAAAGGACCUGGCCCCCAAGAAGAAAUACUUCUGUGAGCUGUGCCUUGAUGACACUCUCUUUGCCCGCACCACCAGCAAAACAAAAGCAGAUAACAUUUUCUGGGGAGAGCACUUUGAAUUCUACGGUCUUCCACCACUUCAUAGCAUCACAGUUCACAUCUACAAGGAUGUGGAGAAGAAGAAGAAGAAGGACAAGAACAAUUAUGUAGGCCUAGUCAACAUUCCCAUGGCCAGUGUAACCGGUCGCCAGUUUGUGGAAAAAUGGUACCCAGUCAGCACACCUACACCCAACAAAGGGAAGUCAGGAGGACCUUCCAUUCGGAUUAAGUCCCGUUAUCAGACCAUCACCAUCUUGCCCAUGGAGCAAUACAAAGAGUUUGCAGAGUUUGUUACCAGCAACUACACUAUGCUGUGCUCUGUGCUGGAACCUGUGAUCAGCGUAAGGAAUAAGGAAGAGAUGGCUUGUGCUUUGGUGCACAUUCUUCAGAGCACUGGGAGAGCUAAGGACUUCCUGACGGAUUUGGUGAUGUCUGAGGUAGAUCGUUGUGGGGAGCAUGAUGUCUUGAUCUUCAGGGAGAACACACUUGCUACCAAAGCUAUUGAGGAAUACCUGAAGUUGGUAGGGCAGAAGUAUCUUCAUGAUGCACUAGGGGAGUUUAUCAAGGCUCUGUAUGAGUCAGAUGAAAACUGUGAAGUGGAUCCCAGCAAAUGUUCAUCCAGUGAAUUAACUGAUCAUCAGAGCAACCUGAAAAUGUGUUGUGAACUGGCCUUCUGCAAGAUUAUCAAUUCUUACUGUGUGUUCCCUCGUGAGCUGAAGGAGGUAUUUGCGUCUUGGAAGCAGCAGUGCCUGAGCAGAGGCAAGCAGGACAUCAGUGAACGCCUGAUCAGUGCCUCCCUCUUCCUCCGCUUCCUGUGCCCUGCUAUCAUGUCCCCCAGCCUCUUUAGCCUCAUGCAGGAGUAUCCUGACGACCGGACAUCUCGCACACUCACACUUAUUGCUAAAGUCAUUCAGAAUCUCGCCAAUUUUGCUAAGUUUGGUAAUAAGGAAGAGUAUAUGGCCUUCAUGAAUGACUUUUUGGAACACGAGUGGGGAGGAAUGAAGCGUUUUCUCCUGGAGAUCUCUAACCCAGAUACCAUCUCAAACAUGCCUGGAUUUGAGGGCUACAUCGACCUGGGCAGAGAGCUCUCAGUUUUGCAUUCCCUCUUAUGGGAGGUUGUGUCCCAACUUGAUAAGGGUGAAAAUUCCUUCCUACAGGCGACCGUGGCAAAACUGGGACCCCUUCCUCGUAUUCUUGCUGAUAUCACCAAAUCAAUGACCAACCCUACGCCGAUACAGCAGCAGCUGAGGCGUUUCACUGAGCACAGCUCUAGUCCAAACGUCAGUGGCAGUCUCUCCUCAGGGCUUCAGAAGAUAUUUGAGGACCCCACUGAUGGUGACUUGCAUAAGCUGAAGUCUCCAACCCAGGAAAAUGUAGAUGGAUACUUCAGGGGCAAGACCUUACUGUUGGUUCAGCAGGCAUCCACCCAGAGCAUGACUUACUCUGAUAAGGACGAAAGGGAAAGCAUCCUGCCCAAUGGACGUAGCAUCUCUCUCAUGGACCUCCAAGAUCCUCACACGGCUCACAGUGACCAUGCUUCUGUUAUGCAUGACGUGCCUUUGCGCCUGGCCGGCAGCCAGCUCUCCAUCACACAGGUGGCGAACAUCAAACAGCUAUGGGAAACGCAGAGCACGCCCCAGAGCGCUCCCCAGGUGAGAAGGCCUCUGCACCCAGCUUUGAACCAACAGGGCAGCCUCCAGCCUCUGUCCUUCCAGAACCCAGUUUACCAUCUCAACAACCCAACCCCGCCGAUGCCAAAGGCCUCCGUGGACUCCAGCCUGGAGAACCUGAGCACUGCCAGCUCCCGGAGCCGAAGCAACAGUGAAGACUUCAAACUUAGCGGACCCAGCAACAGCAGCAUGGAGGACUUCACCAAGCGCAGCACACAGAGCGAGGACUUCUCCCGGCGCCACACGGUCCCGGACAAGCACAUCCCUAUCGCGCUGCCCCGCCAGAACAGCAGCAGCCAAGCGCAGAUCCGCAAAGUGGACCAAGGCGGGCUGGGCGCCAGGGCCAAGGCACCACAGUCCUUGCCGCACAGCGCUUCCCUGCGGAGCACCGGCAGCAUGUCGGGAGUGUCGGGGGCCAUGGUGACUGAACCCAUUCAGAAUGGCAGCCGCUCCCGGCAGCAGUCAUCCUCCUCUCGAGAGAGCCCUGUCCCAAAGGUGAGGGCAAUUCAGAGGCAACAAACGCAGCAGGUUCAGUCACCUGUGGACUCCGCUACAAUGUCACCAGUGGAAAGGACAGCUGCAUGGGUCCUCAAUAAUGGACAGUACGAAGAAGUAGAGGAGGAUGCAGAGCAGAAUCCGGAUGAAGUCAAGCAUGCUGAGAAGUAUGAACAAGAGAUAGCAAAGCUGAAGGAGCGCCUGAAGGUGUCAAGUCGCCGGCUGGAGGAGUAUGAGCGGCGACUCCUGGUGCAAGAGCAGCAAAUGCAGAAGCUGCUGAUGGAGUACAAGUCUAGGCUGGAAGACAGCGAGGAGAGACUGCGCAGGCAACAGGAGGAGAAGGACAGCCAGAUGAAAAGUAUCAUCAGCAGACUCAUGGCAGUUGAAGAGGAGCUAAAGAAGGAUCAUGCAGAGAUGCAAGCUGUCAUUGAUGCAAAGCAGAAAAUUAUUGAUGCACAGGUCAUAAAUGGGGAUGAGAUAAUUCAAACAGGAGAAGCGGAUCGUGUCCCUGGACUCAGCCAACACGCGGCUGAUGAGUGCCCUGACCCAGGUGAAGGAGCGCUACAGCAUGCAAGUCCGAAAUGGCAUCUCCCCCACCAAUCCCACCAAGCUUUCCAUCACGGAGAAUGGUGAAUUCAAAAACAGCAGCUGCUAACGGGGCAGAUGCUGCCAGCCGUCUCCCCAGGAGAAGGGCAAGAGGGAGCAGACUCAAGAAACCUUCAAAAUAGCCCCCCCUUUCCCUUACAGGUUUACAUAAUGCUGCUAAUAAAAUGGAAAAGAGAAAGAAGGACUUUGAAAGGUGGGCUGUAAUUCCCUACUCAAGGCCAGGAGAACCGGGCUCCCGAGAACAAGUCCUUCCAUAUCACUGUGUAAAUAGAGGGAGCUCUUGGGUCAUGUACAGAAAAUGAUGAUGUAAUAUACCAAAAGGAAGUGAAUACUGUAGAUUUUUUUAAUUAUUGCUAUUUUUAUUAUUAUUAUUUUUUUCUCUUGUUGAAAGCACUGCAGUCCUUGGAGGAAGAAGAGGGGAGUGUGAGUGCAUGUGUGUUGUGGGUGAGAGAGAUGAGCAGUGGGUUACAUUAGACAGCAGCUCUGUAUAUCAGGCUGACUGAUACAUGAGUGGAGUGAAAUAGUAGUGAAAUGAAUUCUAUAAGAAAACUCAUCUGCUGGGUUUUUUCCCCUCUUCUCUAGCUCUUGUUUAACUGAAUGCAAACUCAAUAGCAAACGUUUUAGCAAGAAAAUUGUCUCUUGCUGGACCCCAUACCUACUUUUGGUUGGUCUCCAGCAAAAAAUUGUCAGUCUUUUUGAACAAGGUAAAAACUUGGAGCAGCAAGCGUGUUUCCUUGCAUUUGCACACAGUCAGGCUUCCCGUCAAACAGACAGAAGGAAUCUGCAGUUUUUCAAGGUAGGAUUCUUUCUUUUUUACCCCAGUUCUAAUGCAGUUUUAUAUUUUCCGUUUUGAGAAUUUACAGACCUGUAAAUACUUUUUUUAGAAUUUCUAUCUAGUGCCCACUUGAUGCACCCUGCAGCGACAGCCUUGCUGCUCCAUCAGCAACAGUCGGGUUAAUGCUCUGAGGAGGGGGCUGACCAAAGAGUGCCCGUGCCCAGCAAAGCAGACUUUGGUAUGCAAAAUUUCCUUUUUCCUAGAGGAUUUCUGUAUUUUAACUGUCGCUCAGUUUUCACUAUUUCAGCUACUAGCUUAGCCAGUCUUGUUCCAAUGAAAGAUGCUUUCUGCAGGUUUGUGUGAAAAGCUCUUCCGUUUCCACUGAAAUUUUCCUAUCUCUGGAUACUUUAAAGGUUGGGGGGUUUUUGAAGUUCUGUACACACCAUUUUUUUCUUAAGGAGUUUUGACUAAGCUUUCAUGUCCAGUUACUUUCAGUUGCAUUUCAUAAGAAGCACACUUACAAGCUGUAUGUGAACGCAUAGGUAGUUACAAAGUGACCUUCUUGUGGAUGAUCAUGACAUUCACAAACCGUAAAAGAUUAACAAUAAAUGAUACAGUAUUGUCAGUUCUCAUUAUUUCAUCACAUGCCACAAUAUUUAGUCUGAGAGGGAUUUUUUUAAAGCCCCAGAUUCUAGAGUCAAGUAAUAGCAUGGGAAUCUCCACUGUCACUUUUUGGUGUACACUUCUAGCCCCCAACCUCUCAAAAUAAAGUUAUUGCAACAACAAUUCAAAUUUUGAAUUACAAACACAUACUAAUAACAGUGAGUGUGAUUAGCCAUUCAAACGUGUUACGGAAAUUAGAAAUUGGAAAAGUUGACUUCAGCCGGGUGCCUUGUUGCAGGAUGUUUUUAACAAACAGUUCAGGCUGCAGCUAAGAAGUUAGUGAGGUGGCUGAAAUCAUCCAGCCUGUGAUACAGAGAAGGUCAGAGCUGAUGAUCUGAUUAUCCUUUCUGAAUCUCUAAAAUUGUACUACAUUAGAAAUGUAGGAGUUUCUCAGCCAAUUCCUUGACCUUCUGAAAGUGACCCCUGCUGCCUUCAAUGUGAAGGACUGGCAAUACUGAGGACCCAGAUUCAGUGUCUGUUGUCAAGUUUGUUUGUUCUUUGGAAAUGAAUUAAUCUCAGCUCUGUGGGCAAAUGCCACUUGUGACAGAGCGCAGUGUGUUAACUGUUCUGCCUGAUUACUGUGUUACCCGUCACACGAGUAUGUUACUAACUAUGCAUAAAUACAGAGACCACAUCCCCUGCUCUGUGGGAUGUAUAAGAAAAAUGUGUAUGAAUCUCUCCUAGCAAGGCCUUGGCGGUUAAUUUACACCUACAAAAGACUUGUCUGCAGUGAGUUGUGAUUUUUAUUUAAUGCCUGGCCCUUUCAGGUCAAAGUUCUCUGGCUGCUCAGAUGUGACUUGGUACAACAGGCCAAGGAUCAUCCCUUUCUUGUCUGUGGAGUAUCCAUAGUGAAGUCAGCACUGUCUGACACACCUGAGGUUGUGCUCUGUGUUUGUUCUGUAGUGGUUUCUUUUUGAUACUUUCCAAACUAUCUUCCAGCUCUGGGUCGUCACUGACCUCUGAUAUUUUCUUCCUCAAACUGUGCCUUUUAAGUUCCUUCUUCCUUCGUGCAUCACAGCCGUAGUCAGUCUAUCGAGUUUGUAUUAAUCUGGUUUGUGAGUAGCUCUGUUUUACAAGAAACCUUUGCAAACCCCUUUUUGUUAAGUUUUUUGUGUGAUUUGCAGCUCCCCUUUGCUAUGAACUGUAAUCACAUGGCUGCGUCAUGGGAAAUCUGUUCCCCAAGGCAGCCUUUUCACCUGGACACGUGCAUUGCUCACUUAGGACACAAUGCAAAUAGUAUGGGUGUUGUGUGGCUGAGGUGUACGAGCGAGUGGUCAUAGGAAUGAAUACAUUGACUAGAACAAGGCAGAAGCAGAUAUGUCAUUCUGGUGGUGUUAAGUCUAGCAUUAAUUCAGGAAAUGUGCUUCACCGGAGCUUUCUGGGAGACGAGCAAAGAUCACUGGCCGAGCUGUGUGGUUUGAUGCUCAAGACUCCAAGGCAUCCACUGUGGUUUCUGCAGAGAAAUGCAAUAAGGGCAACAUUUCAACCCUGACUUUUAGAGGGGAAACAACACCUGCCCCAAGAUUGAUAUGUUUUGGUGAGGUCUUCACUAACAUAUCAUUCUAAUAAUGUACCUUCUCCCAUGUAUUUUUUAACCUUGUAGAAUGCUUGUAAGAAAAAGUUGCUAUUCUAAAAGAGUCUGACCCAUCAGUAUUGUCCUCACAGCUUGUGGCUAGGCCGGUUGAUGCUCUUCUAUUUCAGUUUCUACCCUGACGUGCAAAGUGUUCUCCUCUGGCUUGUGCUAUAGAGGAGAAGUUGCCUAUUGACCCAAAUGGGAGUGAAGGUUGCAGGCUGACAAUGCUGCAAGACUAAAAUUGAUUAGCUGCAGAACAAUGUGUUAUGCUCCUGAGUUCUGCAGGCAGCUGUCUCUCCUAGUUUGUUACCAAGCAGCUUUCUAGAGAAAUUUUAAGACACCUCAAGCUGACAAUAUGUGAAAAUGCCAGCUUCUAUUUUGUCCAGCCCAAUAAAAUUCAAGUGGCAGUAAACCACGUGGCAGCCAAAAGGUCUGUCUGUUUUGGAGAAGAGCUUUAACUGGCCCUGAUCACAUUUGGUUUAAGACUAGUAGCCAGUGGGUUUCUGCAGCAGUGAGAGAAGUAGUAAAUAGUGCACAGAUGAGCUCUACAGACAUUAGGUUUUGGUUCAUACUUUCAGCAAAUGCAUCAGACUGUGUCUAAUGCUAUUGCAGGAAACUGCUGCUCUCAUUUGGGAACAGCUGAAGUAGCGCAGGAAAAAUUUAAUAGCCUGUAGGAGUAGUACUUGUGUAUUCCUAAGACUGAAACAGAAAAGUUGCCCCAUCCUGGCAUCUCAGUCCUUGCUGGCCACGUUACUCAGUGCUGUUCUAGGACGAUUCAGCCCAAACCACAAAGCCACCCGGGCUUCCCAGUUCCCAGAAGCAGCUGGCAGCCAGCGUGGCGGGGCAGGGAAGCCAAGCGGCCUUUGGGCACACUGGAGCCUUCUGCAAUACUGUGUGUGGGCACUCAGGUGACCACAAUGACAUGGGAGAGGCAGUCAUGGAGAAGAGAGGGAGCAUGG